UGCCCUCAAGGUCCGUAUAUCAGAGCCUGGGAAGUCCGGAAUCUUGCUGAUGUACCUCGCAAGACUCAUCGUCGUGACCAACUAAUUGAAUGGAUCAAAGGUCUCCUUGCUGUGCCGUUUGUGCUCCUGUCUCAGCCGACCGCAUUGUUCGGACAAGACGGAAUACAUGGCACUGACGAGAUGGCCCGCAACGCCCACGAACGCUAUGCACAGAUCAUGAGUGAUGUUGAAGGACUCAUCAAUGACCACAUUUCCCGCCAANAAGAAGGCACACAUACGCACUCUAAGCUUAAGCUGCUAGUUCCGACUGUUGGUGUCUUCUUCACACCUCUCAUGCUGAGAGAUGCUUUCGAAUGGCAAGACCAAAGACGAUACAUAAGUUCAAGGAGAUUUGUUGCUCCUAGUUUCAACGACAUUCGCUUGAUUCUCAAUACUGCUCAAGUCAUGUCAUUGGUCAAGCACAGCCGUCUGGACCUUGUCACAUUCGAUGGUGAUGUUACGCUAUAUGAUGAUGGCCAGUCCUUGACAGAUGAUAACCCAGCCAUUCCUCGUAUCUUGGAAUUGAUGAGAAACGGCACUCGCAUCGGCAUUGUGACUGCCGCUGGCUACACUGAAGCAUCCAAGUACUAUGGUAGACUACACGGUCUGCUCGAUGCCAUAGCUACAUCUGACCUCCCGGAUGAGGUCAAGAAAAACCUUAUUGUUCUUGGAGGAGAGGCGAGUUAUCUCUUCCAAUUUGCCUGCGAAAGCCCGGAAAGACUUGUUGCGAUCCCGCGCAAGCAGUGGACGCUUCAAGAAAUGCAAUCUUGGACACAAGAGGACGUUACAGAAUUGUUGGAUAUUGCAGAAAAGUCCCUUCGUAGUUGUGUCGAUGCCAUGAGGCUCAAGGCCGACAUCCUUCGAAAAGAAAGAGCAGUCGGUAUCAUCCCGAUCGAAGGAUUUAAACUCUCGCGAGAACAGCUUGAAGAGACUGUUCUUGUCUGCCAGAAGACUCUGUCUUGGGGUGUUCUGAGUUGCCAGAGAUAUUUUGGCGGGAUAGAGGGAAACAAGUCUCUCCACGUUGGUGACCAAUUCUUGUCAAUCGGAGCGAACGACUUCAAGNAUACCAGGCUAGGUUUGUGCUACAUCGGCACCACAUUGAAAUAUAUGCUAACGAAUUAUAGGCUUGCUUGCACGACGGCAUGGAUUGCCAGCCCAGCAGAGACGGUCGCACUUUUGGAUGAGAUUUCUCAGCUCUCGACUGCUCCUGAAUCCCUUCCAAGAGAUGCAAACUUCGAGAACCAAGAGAGAAUACUU